UGUUUAGGCGACUGCGCGCUAGAAUUUCAACUGAAAGCGAGAGUUGAAUGAAAUGCGUGUCAAAAUAUGGCAGUUGAAGAGUCGUGAAAUGGAAGCCGAAACGAACGCGAAUUUAUACGAAUUUAGGGCGCAGUUGUGUGCACGACUUCAAGCGAGACACACGUCGUUUCUAUCGUAGCAAGGACUCGUACGUAAUAAUAACCCUAAAGCGAAGGCAUUAGUUAAUAAAUACGAGAAAAUGCUUAAAUUCCGUGAAAAUAACCGUGCUUUGAAGUAUGCCAAUGGAUAUGUAUUCAACAUUAUCUGUUGCAUACUAUUCGCGUUACUUGCGAAUAGCGCUCAAGGCCUUCAGUUGAGCGCUUUCACAACGAAAACGCCGAGGGUUUCUAAAUAUACUACUAAAUCGCCAUCGGCAUCUUCGAUGAAUCAUGAUGCGACUACUUCGACUUAUCGGCUUAAUGCCACUAAUGGCAUCACCUGCAUUCUAAUGCAAGUAGAUGGUCUAAUAAGUUUCCGAUAUCGAAACAAGUUGAACGAGGAUGUUGAGGCCGAUCUGUAUAUGCCGGACAAUCCACUCUUGAGUGGUGAGUGCGACAAUACGAAUUUGGAAAUAUUGACCAUGGACUUCAGAGGCUUUUCCUUGUCCAUGACUUUUAAAAAGUCGUCGGGGGGCGAAGGCUGGUACAUCAACCUUUUUGAGCUGACAUAUUCGUCAUCAAAUCCACUAUUCGAACAUCCCGACCGUCCCAAUUUAAAUGUGAAACUGACCUCACCAGCGCAAACGCCUAUGUAUUUCCCAACCCCCGUGGGCAAGUCGUACCUCUGUGACAAGGAACAAACUGUAAUUUUAUAUGCCCCUCAUGAAUCUGGCGACCAGUCUGGUCAUAUUGCGCGACUUUACUUGCGCGACAUGCACAUGCAAAGCUUUAUGUUCAAGGAGAGCGGAAAGUGGGGACCAUCCUUCCACUGUAGUGCCACCGGUUCCUAUCGCGACGAGACGGCACCCUUGGCCGUAGGUACAGCGCUAGCCAUUGCGGUUCUAUUGACUAUUUCGGGAUACGGUGGUUGGCGGUACUUUAAAGUCAAGAAGGUUCAGUACGGCUCGAUGGAGUAAACUAAACGUCAAUAUACUACAAUUAAUUUGUUCAAUUACUUUCCAGUCAUAUCUUUCUAUUGUUAUUUGCUGCAUAUCAGUAUUGAAGUAUCCAACUAAUAUUAUCAUGUUCUAAAAACCUAAUCGAAAUUGUGAGGCGCCCAACCC